UCUCCCUGCGCUCGGUUCGGCUGCCACCGGAGGCUGCAGACUGCGAGCCUGGCCCCGAGCCCGGCGGACCAUGGCGGCCUGCUCGGCUUCGUUGUCGAGCUUCUUCUUCGAGUAUGACACGCCGCGCAUCGUGCUCAUCCGCAGCCGCAAAGUGGGGCUCAUGAACCGCGGCGUGCAGCUGCUCAUCCUCGCCUACGUCAUCGGAUGGGUGUUUGUUUGGGAAAAAGGUUACCAAGAGAUGGAUUCGGUGGUCAGUUCUAGUACCACAAAGGUGAAAGGCGUGGCUCUGACCAAUACCUCUGACCUGGGGCUCAGGAUCUGGGAUGUGGCAGAUUAUGUGAUCCCGGCUCAGCAGGAGAACGCACUGUUUAUCAUGACCAACAUGAUUGCUACCUUGAAUCAGAGACAGAGCACCUGUGCUGAGCUUCCGAGUGCUGAAACUAAGUGUAAAUCAGACGAUGACUGUUCUUCUGGCUCCAUUGAUGUCCAUGGCAGUGGAGUGACAACUGGAAGAUGUAUAAACUAUAAUGCUCACGUGAAGACAUGUGAGGUGAUGGCUUGGUGUCCAGUGGAGAAUGAUACUUACGUGCCCCGACCUGCCUUUCUGAAGGCUGCAGAGAAUUUCACCCUCUUGAUUAAGAACCACAUCUGGUAUCCCAAGUUUAAUUUCACCAAGAGGAAUAUCCUUCCCAACACUAAUGCGACCUACCUCAAGUCCUGUAUCUAUGACGCCAAGACAAAUCCAUACUGCCCCAUAUUCCGUCUUGGCCAAAUAGUGGAGAGCGCAGGGCAGAACUUCCAGCAGAUGGCCAUGGAGGGAGGUAUCAUGGGCAUUCAGAUCAACUGGAACUGCAACCUGGACCUGGCCGCCUCCCACUGCUUGCCAAAGUAUUCCUUUCUCCGCCUUGAUAAUCAAGACUCUUCCCACACUGUCGCUCCUGGCUAUAACUUCAGGUUUGCCAAAUACUAUAAGGAUCCCAAUGGCACAGAAGCCCGGACCCUCAUCAAGGCCUAUGGCAUUCGCUUUGACAUCAUUGUCUUUGGAAAGGCUGGAAAAUUUGAUAUCAUCCCUACCAUGAUAAACAUUGGCUCUGGAUUGGCACUGCUUGGAGUGGCCACAGUUCUGUGUGACAUCAUCGUCCUCUAUUUCAUGAAAAAGAGGUUUUAUUACCGAGAGAAGAAAUACAAAUAUGUAGAAGACUACGAGCAGAGACUCACUGGAGAGUCUAGAACUGAAUAAGGAAGUUAGCCCUAUGGUGUCCAGGACCAGAUUCAGCCCUCUCCCUACACUGCCAAGGAGUGCUCGUCUCUGCAGGAUGACAAAGGAGGGAAAAAUCAGCUGCCCUUGGAGAAAGCCGGUCCUCCUCUCACAAUCACAAUUCACUGCCUGCUCCUGGGUCUUCAGGAUUGCUGUCCUAAGGGUCACAUGCUGGACAUCUGUUUGCCCAUAAAUGGGUUGUAAUUUGGUCCUGUUUUGCUGCUCAAGUUUGGCAUUCUUUUCUGUUAUUAUAACAGAAAAUAUCCUGAAGGCCGUUGGUCCUAUCCAUGCUCAGUAUCAUCAGUGUAUCUUGUGGGACAUUGGAUAAUCCUUUUCUAUUGUAAUUUUGAUUCUUUCUUCCAAAACUUCGAGCUACCUUAGCCUUCGACAAAGGUCCCAUUCUCCCAGCUUCUGACAACCACAUCUCUGAAUCUAAACACACAAGUUCAAGUACUUUUGAGGAAAGAUCAGCCGGGAAUACAGUACUGAAGAUUACAGGGUCCCUUGAGCUGUUCACAACUUACUUAUUUCCUAUGAGCCAGAGAAAUUGUCCACAUUAUUUUGAUGUAUAUUUAGGAGUAUUUCUCCUUGUUCUGAUUCCUUUGUAACUAAAGACCUAAAAAAAUAAAAUAUAUUUUAUGAGUUGAAA